UCUCACAUACUAUCAUCCCAUGUUUUCCACAUUGUUUGUCAACAUCUAGGCAGUUUGGAUUUUAAAAGUCUGGAUCAGAUUUUGCGACAGCGUUUCACGGUGGCUGAUGAAGUUCUUUUGGAAGUGCUUACUGACUUCGACAAGUUCGUCGUCGUUGAAGGUAAGGAGAAAAGGGAAUCUUUCCAGCUGAGUCACGACAGUAUAAUCGUCGCUAAAACAUCCCUGCGAGUUUGUCAAACACUACCUGGGAAAUGUGCUGGAUGCCAGAAUUUGCACCUUUGCAGAUAUUUUGUGUGCGGUUACUGCAGGUUCGGGGCGAAAUGUAAAAACUCUCAUGGCUUUGAUUCGCCUCAUAACACGCUUAUACUAAGAAGACUGGGACUUCAGAAUCUUGGUAACUCAGAACUUUUCCAGCUGUUGCUACAGAAUGAUCCUUCUAUACUACCAGAAGUUUGCUCUCACUAUAAUAAAGGGAAUGGCGAACAUGGAAGUUGUAAAUAUGAGACAUCCUGCACCAACCUGCACCUCUGCCAGCACUUCUUACAGGAUAAUUGUAAAUUUGGAGCUGCUUGCAAACGGGCUCAUUCAUUUGAUGCAAAUGCUAUGAAAAUGCUGAAUGGCAGAGGAAUCAGUGCAGAAAACAUCACCAACGUCUGCAAGAUUUACAAAAACAGAUUUCUGAUUUCUUCUUACAAGGAGAAAAUGGCUAUUUUGCCUUGUGUGGAAAGAAAACCUAUUCCCAGUACAGUAGCUGGAGAAAAUUCAGGGCAAACACCCAUCAGGCCAGUGAGUAAAAGUGACCCAAAGGAGAUCUGCCUUUUCUUCAUUCGCAAAGAAUGCAGUUUUAAAGACAAGUGUAUCCGUGUUCAUUACCAUCUGCCUUAUAAAUGGCAAGUUCUAGAUAAGAAUGAACAGACAUGGAAAGACUUGCAAAAUGUAGAGGAGAUAGAGAGAGCAUUCUGUAACCCAGCUAACGAGAUAAGUCCAGGGCCUCAGCAGGUCGACUUCAAUACUAUGAUGUGUGGAGCAGCACCAGUUCGUCGUCUGUCGACAGCUUCCUCUGUUACCAAACCUCCUAAUUUUAUCCUGACCACCGAGUGGCUCUGGUACUGGAAGAAUGAAAAAGGAGGCUGGACUGAAUAUGGACAAGGGGUGGAUACGAAGCAUGCAACACCUUUCAGUUCUCAAGAACUGGAAAAUAUUUACCAAUCUAACCCGCACAGUGAGGUUUCUGUCACUUCUGAGAAGCACACAUACAUACUCUACAUGAAAGAUAUGUAUCAACAAAAUAUUCACUACAAAACCAAAAGAGAUAUUCAGAGAAGGCCUCGAUUUGUCUCUGCUUCAGAGGUCGACAGCAAAAUCAAAAGUGAAAGCUCCAGCUCGUCUGUGCUGGUUCCUGCACACUGGGAUAGAGGUGCCCUGCCCAGCUACUCCUACAAGCUGGUUCCAUUGCCUAGGACAGACAAUGAAUUCCUAAGGAUAGAGAAAUUGUUUAAAGAGACUAUGCCCCACUACACUGUUAAGAGCAUUCAGAGAAAUCAGAACAGUUCUCUGUGGAAGGUCUUCCAGUGGCAGAAAGAGCAGAUGAAAGCGAGGAAUGGAGGGCAAGAGGUGAAUGAGCGUCUCUUGUUCCAUGGAACUGAACAGUCUCUAAUAGAUGCCAUCUGUGAGCAUAACUUUGACUGGAGAAUUUGUGGGAUUCAUGGCACAGUGUAUGGCAAAGGAAGUUAUUUUGCAAGAGAUGCCUCAUACUCAGACCAUUAUUCUCAGGGUGAAAACAGCUGCAAAAGAAUGUUUGUUGCACGGGUUCUGGUGGGUCACUACACCCACGGACAAAGAGACUUUGUUCGUCCUCCUAAAAUAUCAGCUAAUGGAUUUUAUGACAGUUGUGUUGACAAUGAAACCAACCCCAGCAUUUUUGUCAUUUUUGAGAAGUAUCAGAUCUACCCAGAAUUCAUCAUUGAGUAUGCUCCUGUGGAGUCUAAAUGUCUCAUUUCAUGAGUGUGGGUAUUUAUGCUCUUACCACCAGACAUUUUAUUUAUUGUGCUUGGUUCAAAAUUUGUAUUACAUUGUCUUAAGAAGGCAGAUAAUAAGGAGCAUAAAUUUUUCAUUGUUUUAUGUAAAAAAUAAAUGGAUAAAUGGAAGGAAAUAGUCAGGUAGUUCUGUUAAGAGGCUACUUGAAACAAUUUUUCCUGAAAAAUCAGGAACUGAGGAGAAACGAAAACCAUUUAUAUCUUCUAUGUAUCUGCCUUAUGAUAUAACUUAUGUUAAUCAUAAAUUGAUGUAAAUUAUGUAGUUUAAAUAUUGUCUUAAUAAUCCCUACCAUUAUCCGUUAGCUAUUCUACUUCAGAAACAUUAAAAUAUUUUUUUUUUUUUUAAGUAUUUCACUUGUCUGCAAUAAGUGAUAAGUGAUUAUCGGGAUUAUGCUAAUAACAUCCUCUAAUGAGCAAGACAUAUUAUGAACACAUAAUUCAGUAGUGGAGCAGGAAUCUUAGACACUAAACCUCAGAUAUCUUUUACGCAUGUAGGUGGUGCAAUUAUCCGUUAGCUGCCAUUGUCCGUUAGCUAUUCUACUUCAGAAACAUUAAAAAAAUGUUUUUAAGUAUUUUACUUAACUGCAAUAAAACGUAAGGUGAUUAAA